AUGCUGAGAACUCUGUUGCCGCUGCUGGCACUCGUUGCCCUGGCACAUGGCCAGUGCCGCUUCACCAGGGCUCAGGUUGAAAGAACCACCCGCAUCUUCAUGCUGCGCACUCAGAACCGCCUUUCCCUCAAGCGGUCCGAUAGCUCUGCGGUCGGCGAGGUCCUGCAGAUGUGGUGCAGUCCGAGGGACAUCCGGACCACCACCUGCCAGGCGGGCCAACCAGCUAGACAGGGCCAGCCGGCCCGGCCACCGGCAUUCCGACCACCGCUGCCCAUGACCUGCACCACUCCCCCUGCCGCCUUGACGACUCCCGUUCAGGAUCGCAGCUGCCCGGCCACAAUGUUCCGGGUGGGCUACAACGUGGGCAACAACCAGUUCGCGGAGCUCUACCGCGCCUGCUUCGACACGAGGGCGGUUAGGGCCAUCUUCGUGGACCACCAGGUGUACGCCAAGACCUUCUUUCCCCAGCGACCUUGUGUACAGUUCUCCUCCGACGGAGUGAUCAGUGGUGCCGACGAAGCGAGUUACACAACGCGGAACAUCCACGCGACCUUCAAGCUCCUCUUCGGCAACAACCAGAACUUCAUUCCCAACAACCGGGACACGAUCAUCAACCGGGGUCACCUGGCCGCCUCGGCGGACUUCCUCUUCGGGGACCAGAUGUGCGCCACCUUCAAGUACGUGAACGCGGUGCCGCAGUUCAAGACGAUCAACGACGGCAACUGGGAGGCGAUCGAGCGCUGGGUGCGCAACUCGGUGAGGGGCAACCAGUUCGUGAACGUGCGCACGGGGGCCAGGGACGUCCUCUCGCUGCCCUCGCCCCAGGGCAACAAGAACGUCCUCCUGAGCGGCAACCGGAACCCGGUGCCGCUGUGGAUGUACAAGAUAGUCCGUAACUCGAACAACCAGCCCACCGUGGCCUUCCUCACCUACAACAACAUCUACGCGAGGCAGCGUCCGGCGGCCCCCAACUUCUGCCAGGCCGUCAACUGCCCCCUUCCACUGCCCAGCACGGCCGCCGCCGGGUUCACCUUCUGCUGCAACCCCGCCACCUUCAGACCCUGA